CACACACACCCCUUGCGAUAUUUUCCGGGAUCACGCCACACUGCUUCUACUUGAGAUACACACACACACACACACACACACACACACGGCGGCAGCGACAUGGAUGAUCAUCACCGGACGGGACGAUGCUGUUUCUAUAUGUAGAACGAACAAAGCGCCACCGAUGCCUGUAGUCAGCCUGCAGGACGCCGCGCACGCGCCGUGGGACCCCGACAGAAGUGUGAUCUGCGGAUUUUAAGGCCAAGGAGUUGAAGAACUUGUCGCAGUGGAUCCGUCCCGGUGGGAAGUGGAACAAUAGUCCCGCAACAGAAAACGCGAGCAGGCCUGGGGGCCCUGGUGGUGUGUUGAGGAGAUGGACAGGAUGAAGAUUAUCAAGCGGCGGCUGUCCAUGUCUCUACGCAGUGCCCGCCCUGUCGACGACUCUCUGUCUGAACUGGCAGAACAGAUGGCCUUGGAUGAGUCAUCCACAGCCAGGGACAAUGAGCCCAUGGUGGUGUGCGCUGCGCACCCUCCCGCCUCCCACAGUGCUCCCUCCUUCCUGCGUCAGUAUGCUGGUCAUUUGGGUCGCACCGCGCUGCGCAGAGAACUAGGUGGGGGGCUGGACAGAGACAGAGCCUACCUGAGUCUGCAUAGGACUGGAUCCCUGGGUAUUGUCCAUGAGAAUGUGAAGAUGGGUUCAGAUGGGGAGAGCGAUCAGGCAUCUGGAACGUCUUCCGAUGAAGUCCAAAGUCCAGUCAGGGUUCGAAUGAGAAACAACCAUCAUCGACGCAUAUCUACUGAGGACAUAAACAAGCGUUUGUCUCUGCCAGCUGAUAUCAGGUUACCAGAGGGUUACUUGGAGAAGUUUGCCAUGAACAGCCCACCUUUUGACAAACCCAUGAGCCGCAGGCUGCGACGUGCUUCACUGUCCGAAAAUUGGCUUGGGAAACUUGAGACCUACAUCAAACUGGACAACCUACGCUACUGUGUUCAGGGGCGAAGCAAGUUAACAGACAAUUUGGUGGCUUUAAAGGAAAUUCGACUUGAGCACGAGGAGGGCGCUCCUUGCACAGCUAUCCGUGAAGUGUCUCUGCUGAAAGACUUGAAGCACGCCAAUAUUGUCACCCUCCAUGAUAUUAUCCACACUGACAAGUGCCUGACUCUGGUGUUUGAGUACCUGGAAAAAGACCUUAAACAGUAUAUGGAUGACUGCGGAAACAUCAUGAGCGUUCACAAUGUCAAGAUUUUUCUGUUCCAGUUGCUGCGAGGUUUGGCAUACUGCCACAAAAGGAAGGUCCUCCACAGAGACCUCAAACCCCAGAACCUGCUCAUUAAUGAAAAGGGAGAACUUAAACUAGCAGACUUUGGUUUAGCACGAGCCAAGUCUGUUCCUACUAAGACCUACUCAAAUGAAGUGGUGACGUUAUGGUACCGACCACCAGAUGUGCUUCUGGGCUCCACAGAAUAUUCUACACCCAUUGACAUGUGGGGCGUGGGCUGUAUCUUUUAUGAAAUGAUCACAGGCAGACCUCUGUUUCCUGGAUCCACUGUGGAGGAUGAACUUCACCUCAUAUUUCGCAUCCUUGGUACGCCUACAGAAGAGACGUGGCCAGGUAUCACUACCAGUGAAGAGUUUAAAACGUACAGUUUCCCCCGAUACCACGCAGAGCCUCUUGUCAACCACGCCCCUAGGAUAGAUAACGAUGGUCAUGACUUGCUCUCAGUUCUCCUACAGUUUGAGGCUAAGAAACGUGUGUCAGCUGACGACGCUCUCAGGCACUCAUACUUCAGAAGUCUGGGGGAGCAGGUUCAAACACUAGCUGACACUGCAUCCAUCUUUUCUGUAAAAGGCAUUCAGCUGCAGAAAGAUCCAGGGAAGAGAUCCUCAGUUUAUCCAGAGACGACAGUGAUGCAUAAGCUAGGCUCCGCCCCUUCGCAGUACUUCCAGAGAGAUGCAGCCAAUCCCAGGGCUCAGAGUCACACUCUCUCUUCCACUUCCACGGGCUGAGUGGCCCGUACCAUUCUGCCCAGGGGAAGAGCAGGAGGCAGAGUGUGUUAUUUUAGCAUUGGCGGGGUCACCGAGGUGAGGAGGACUGUGAUACGCGAUGCUACCCCAUCAGACAUAACACAAAUCGAACCCUGCCACAAACAAUGAAGGAGUCACGCACACGCAUGGAAACACAACCACACACAAGGAAGGCCAACGAAUUCCUAUUUGGCUGUAGGGGGGAAAAAAAAGGCAACUUAUCCCCAAAGACAGAAAAAUAUAAAAACGAGAGAACUGCGAGGAGAUGAAAGGAAGACACGAGAGUUCAAGACUCUGUGCUGCUGCUGCUACUACUGUUGCUGUCCAGGAGAGGGCAGCAUUUCUUCUUUGGGAUUGAAGAAAAGUUGCUUGUUUCAGCGAGACUUGCAGAAGGGAGUUUGUGCCUGAAGAGUGAAAAUGAAUAUAAAGGCAGAGAGAGGGAGAAAAAUGCCAUCAUGCACUCUUAACUUUUUUUAUUUUUGUUUUCUGGAUGUGCAUAAGAAACUGAGCUGUGAAAGUCUGCUUUUUCAUAACACACCUCAGCCUGAACCCUAAACACCCUCACCAAACAUCUCUGCCUUUUAUGACAUCAUAAAAAGCAGAUACACACAAAAGCAUUCCUUCUUUCUCUGUUGAAAUGUACAGAGAUCACCUUUAGCACCUUAUUGUCCGCUAGGGGUCAGGGUAGUUGUGUCAUUCAGACACUCACUGUUAAAACUGAAGAACACAAUACAAAACCUGGAUAAAGGACAACUGUAUUCCCCUUAGCCAAUGGAAUUGGACAUUUUUCAC